AUGGCCUCGCAUUCUGAUGCCGUGGAACUCAAUCAGCGGUACACCCGUCUGGGGAAUGCCACGCCGUCUGAUGGAGAAUUCAGUCCAAGUAUCAUCUCUUAUGACCCGAUAGAGCCUGCCCCGGUACGUCGAAGGCCGCUUCCAGCAGGUGCCAGAACCACGCUUGAAGAGCCGCUGCUGCUCGAGCAGUCCCCAGAUCCUCGCAACAGCAUCGACGUCAAUUUUGAAAGUCCUCAACAUCGAUUCUCAGACUCAACACUAAAAGAUGACUACAUAACAUCGGUUCAUCCGUACCACAGCCCCGGCUUAGACAGUGUCGGGAAGCAAAUCACGUACGAUCCCAACCUCAAGCCAAAACCAAUCACCCGCACAAACCUAUCGCGCUAUCUCAACGGAUGGCUUGUCCAUAUCCCAGCGCUAGCCUCCACUGCAGUCAUCAUAUGGAUCAGCUGGGAAGACUGGUACUGGUUCCCCAUGGAAGGGCCCUGGCCUAACCUAGGAUUCACUGCCGAUGUCAUGAACAACAUACUCCAGCUGCCCGCUAAGAUUCACGAACUUCUCAUCGUUGCUUCGUUCUCUUCCAUCGCCAUAGCAAUGCUCCGUCGCCGACUGGUUGGUGGCGGCGUGAGUUUAGGGUUCCUUACCGGCGGUUAUCGAGUUGGCGACAUUCUCUACCUCGCUUCAAAGCCGUUCCGCCACUCUCAAGACCUCAAGAACCCAAUAUCUUGGGAGUUUAUUAUCGCCCUUUUUCUUAUCUUUGCCACUCUCAUGUCCACAGUCGUUGGACCUGCAUCGGCCGUCCUUCUUGUUCCGACCCCCGGAUGGUUUCCAUUGGAUCAUUCCCUAGCGUUCAGCAACCUUUCCGACCGUUCGCUGCCGGUAUUUUACGAUUCGAUCCCGGAAAGAGUUUGGCCGCACACAUUCAAUGCAACACCGGACAUAUCAGAAUGCAAGACUAUAGAUGGAAUGUACGAAGCAUGGUGUCCGGCUGGUGGCUAUUCGGAAAUAUGGAAUUGGGCCGAAAGUUAUGGCGCGACCGAUUUAAAGAACAACCUCACGUUCCAAUUUCCCACGACAGAUGUGCGACGACAUUUGGUACACGUCGAAGCCGAUGGUAAAUACAAGACUGUCCUCUCAACCACCCCGUCCAACUUCUUUAUGAUGGGGCUCGGUCUCAUCCAGAAGUACAUUGACGGCAAUAAUGUUGGACUUAUACACAGUAGCUCCCGUUACGAACUCACGCCCCGGCUGGUUAACUACACGCACCCCAACGACCGAGAACUGGACAGCUCAAUAUAUCAGCCCAUGGUGCAGUCUAAAUGCAGGGUUUACGAAAAACAAUACUUCACCGAGCCGGGUCAAAGCAUGACAUAUCCAACGGAGGCCAUGAACUGUUUUGGCGACAGAGACUGCGAGAAAGUUCGGGACACUCCACCGACUUUCAAUGAGAAGUUUCUAUUCGCCGAAACUGAGGAGGAUCAGACGAUCUCCACUGAGUACACUAUAGAGGGCGGGAAAGUAAGCUCCGUGGUUCUCAUCGCCGGACAAGUUCCAAGCACAGAUGAUCACACGAAGGACAUAGCCUACACCUGCAGCCUUCUAGCCACUUGGAUUCCCUCGAAAUUUUCCUUGGAUCCGGCAGUCAGCGAUGUUCUGUACUCUAGCCUGAGUAAUGCAAAGACACUGCGGUCAGUUUAUAACCAGACAUUGGUUGAAGGAGCCCGCGUCAUCAGGUUCAACCGCACCUGGCUUCCGUACCUAAAUCCUUCGUACGAGAUGACAACGGAAGGCGGCAUCAGCUUUAAUACCUCGGCUGUGCUCAGAAUUAUCGACCUCAUCAGCGGCUUAGGUUCCAGGGCCAGCAGUUCCAGGAAGUGGCCCAUAUAUGACAGAGAGACGGAAGACGCGGAGCUGUUCCUCUCUAAGGUAUUCGGUGUCUACCUUACUGAGGCUUUAGCACGCACGGGAAUGGCUAGGUCCAUGAUGAUGAUACAAGAGGGCGACGACGAAAAGAUGCAAGGCAUCGAUUUGAAUACACAGUACACUAACUCCGAUGGAAUGUUCAACGUCGAGCUGCUCCAUUCAAAUCAAACUCAAUGGAAUUUUGGCAGGGGUGUUGAUGUAAGGAACUACACUCUAACCGACUUGUACGACACGAUUCUCCCCGGUUUUCUGAAUUUCGACUUCGACGUCAGAAGGUACGGUUACGGAACGGGUCAUCAGCGGAAGACCGUUACCUUCGCACGGGUCAUGAUGUACAUCUACCUAGCAACGGUUGUGCUCUACGCCCUCACAGUCGGUUUUGCACAUGCUGUCGAGUUGACCGGUAGGGGAAGGAGGCUACGAGUCCUCAGUGUAGUGCCGUGGGCGGAUCUACAGGACCUGAUCGUUCUUGCACUCAAGACGCCUCCUCCGAGAGAUGCCGACCUUGCGGACGCUGGCGCGGGGGUCAGCUCCUCUAGUGUGUGGAAAAAGACGGUGACGGCUCGAGCGGAUGACCAACAUAAUGUGCAGCUCGUGUUAAACGAUGAGCCAGGGAUGGAAAGGUUGGAUGUCACCGGGAAAGAGAAAUAUUUUUGA